AUGUCAGAGGCUCAAAGAUUACUAGGAAACUCUAAUAACAAGAAAUCCCAGGGUUUAACACGUAUCCUAGUGUUUGCAACAUUGGUUACAUGUCUGGGAUCAGUGCAGUUUGGAUACCAUACAGCGGAAUUAAAUGCACCACAAUCAGUUUUAACGUGUUCUGAAUUUAAAAUCCCCACAGAGGGUUUAUCUUACGAUGAUACUUGGUUAGGUAAGCAUGGAAUGAAACAAUGUAUCCCCCUAAAUGAUAUGCAAUUCGGUGUUGUCACGGCAGUAUUUUGCAUUGGCGGUCUACUAGGCUCGUUCUUUGCUGGUCCAUUAGCUGAUAUGUUUGGUCGUAAGAAGGCUAGUUUAAUCGCUAGUGUUUUGGGUCUAUUUGGCUCUUUGGUUCUUUUUGGUAGUAACUCGUAUGCGGCAUUGCUUGUUGGUAGAGUUAUCGUGGGCCUUGCUAGUGGUGUUUACGUGGUUAUUACCUCCCUUUUCAUCAACGAAAUAUGUCCCAUAGAGUUGAAGGGCGCAUUUGGAUCUAUGAAUCAAUUAUCGAUCAAUUCUGGUAUUCUAUUGACACAGACCCUUGCGUUGAAAUUGGCUGAUACUUACCGUUGGAGAUGGCUUAUGUUCGCAGCAGGCAUUGCUUCAGUGAUUAAUUUCUUUUUAUGGCUACUCAUAGAUGAAUCUCCCCGUUGGUUACUCUCCAAGGGCCAUGUUUCUGCUGCCAUCAAGUCUCUCGAGAAAUUACGUGGUGGGAACCAUGAAUUGGCUAAACAAGAAGUUCAAUCUUGGGAAAACGAAUUGGGCGGCGUAGCUGAUGGCGCAGCGGAAGCAUACACAUCAGCUAAACCACCAUCACCUUGGGAGUACGUCAAGAAUUCUAUUUAUUCUAAACCACGUACUGCUAUCGCUGUCAUUCUCAUUGGUCAACAGUUCUGUGGUAUCAAUUCUAUCAUCCUAUAUGGUGUUAAGGUUAUUAGCCAAUUACUACCAGACCACGCUAUUCAAAUCAACUUUGCGAUUUCGAUAAUUAACGUCGUAAUGACAUUUGUGGCCUCUUUGAUCAUCGAUCGUCUAGGCCGUAAACCAUUGCUAAUGGGGUCGGCUGCUGUCAUGGGUAUUGCUGCAUUGGCGAUCAGCAUCGGAAUAAAGGCAUCGAUGGCUGUUCUACUGGUUUCUUCUACUCUAAUCUAUAUCACAUCUUUUGCCCUAGGUUUGGGACCCAUCCCCUUGCUAAUCAUUGGUGAAUUAUCUGCACCCACGGAUGCUGCAACUGCUCAAAGCUUUGGUACAGUUUGUAAUUGGGUAGGCACCUUUGUCAUCGCAUUUGCUUUCCCUAUCUUACACGAUAUACUUGGUGGGUAUGUCUACAUGAUUUUCACUUUCGUGGCAUUAGCAUUUGUUUCAUGGGUCUACAAACACGUACCGGAAACCAAGGGCAAGGACUCUUACGAACACGUUUGGAGCGGUUAUUAA